AUGACUCAAGAAUCUUUCGGAUGGCUUUCCGACGCUUUAAAAUGGCCUUCUCUUAUUAUAUUCGGCGUGAUCGACAUUGCUCUCACUAUCACAAUCAUCAUCUUGACUGCCAAAUCAACUACCGAGCACGGAUUCGUUACAAUCCCGUCACCCCAAACCAGCCCAGAACAGACCAGUGCUUUCCGCUUGGAUAUUGGAAUUCUUUGGACCACACUUCCCAAUUUGGUUUUUGCUCUCUUCGCCGCUCACUGGGCCUGGGUAGCCUGUGCUAUUGCGGAACGUCAACCGUACGUUGAAUUACGCAAAGAUGGGGGUGCGGCAGCAAAGAAGUCCAUCAUGCUCGAUUAUCGCAUCAACCCCGUGGUGUUUCGCUGGUGGACGGCAUUUCGGAAAUCUCAUAAGUCGAUUGGGUCGAUGACACUGCUGUCUGUGCUGUUGACAUACGUUAUAGCGCCCUUCGCGGCGCGGCUAUUCGCGACUCAGGUUGCUUUGGUACCUUCGAAAAUUCCAAUCACGUAUGACAAGGAGUUUAGUGGGAGAAACAUGGAUGCGAGUAUCGACUGGCGACCGAUCCUGAGUACUGUCUCAGCUACCUUGUUGUACCAAGGCAGAAGCAUCCCUUGGACAAACGACCAAUAUGCGUUCCGCCCUUUCUCCAAUCGUUCAACCUUAUCAGCAUCAGCAAUAAUUGAGGCGACCUCUACCGCUUUUACCUCCCAUGUUGAUUGCAAAGUGGUUAAAGAUUAUGCCAUAGAAUCAGACAAAAACUCUGGCUCGGGCCAGGCGGUUGUUCGAGUAUCCGGAAAGGACAGAGGGUGCGAAUUCACUCAAAAACUCGGAGUCGCUAGUAUGCGAAAAACAUAUCUAGAGACCACAUCAAUCAUUGACUGCUCCGCCGAAGCCUCUUACAGUCGUCUAGUGUUCACUUUUGGGAAGUAUUCCUCGUCAGCCUCCAACUUCCUCGACGAUGUGAGCGUCAUCUCUUGUGCAACAGGAUAUCGUCAAGUCGAUGGUACUCUGAAGGUUACCUCACUGAAUAACUCCCCAAUCGUCCAAUUAUUCGAAGAGACAGGCUAUCCAGACGUUGACCGACCACCUAACUGGAGGGUGUUCGAGAAUUCAAUUGUUGACCCCACCACCCUCGACCCAAAAGAUACAUCUUCCACAUCAGAAAUGGGCAGUUUGAUCUUGUCAUAUGCUCAAAGAUUGCAAUCUGGAACCGAAUUGACUUCGGAGGUGCUGAUCAAAGCGAUAUCAACCAUCUUCACCGGGAUCUACCUAAACAGCGUCGCAAUUCACGGCUUUACUUCAAUGUCAGAACCUGCCACAAGCAUGGGCAAGGCUUUCGUCCCCACAACGCGUCUGGUAGUUGUUAAGUGGGUGGCAUAUGUUAUUGUUGUGUUCCUACUAAUCGCUCUCUGCUUUCUCAUCUGGGCAUUCUUCUAUGUCCACAAACAACCCAGUAUUCUGACUGAGGAGCCCCAAGGUCUCUUAUCAGCUGCCGCACUUGUCCAUGAUAGCGACCUUAUCCGCAUCGUUUCGAACAUACAAAAAGACCCAGCUUUUGAUGGUCAUUUGCGACAAAGCAGCAAGAGGCAAUCCGAAAUCAAGGACAGGAAGUGGACAGCUGCGAAGGGUGAUGAGCAUGGUCAAUGGGUCAUAUCACCAAUCUAA